UAUUACAAUAGUCGUAAGCCUCUUCAGAACCAUCGUUCUCAGCGUUUCCUUGAAAUUUGGCGGGAAAGAGGUUGGCGUAAUGAUGGAGAAGUCUUGCUUACAGUCGCCGCCGGUGAAGGUCCUGGCUGCGCAGCUGAAGCGGUGCCGCCAAGUCCCUGGCGGCUCGUGGUUAUUGGACCGGGAAGAGUACGGACGUCCGGCUUUGGCCGUGUCUCUGGUCUGGAUGCAGGGCAAAGUAUUGGCCGUAGAGCAGGAUGGUUCGACUGUGAAGUUGCUGGACGAGAGCGGCUCUUUCGUGGUUUCCGGCGUGGAGAGAGUCCCUAAGGGAAAACCUUGCCUCAGCCCUGGAAAGUAUGUGAUGGUGAUGGGCUUGGUGCAGGGUUGCAUCCCAGAACCUGUCCUUCAAGCCGUGAAGAUGACGGAUCUUUCGGGCAAUCCCCUGCACAGGACUAUGUGGGAGUUGGAAGUGGAAGAUUUGCAGCGAAGCCUCAUCUCGUGAAUGAAGCUGGCAUGUCAAAAUGGGAAUCCUUUGCUGCACGUUUCCCAGCAACAAAACAAAUGGGAUGGAAAUGCCUGCAUUGUUUAGAAAGUGUGGAUUAUUUCCCGAUGGAUUAGCUUGUGCAAAGUAAUCUUUUAUACUUGAGGCACAUGGAUUGUUGCCAAGAUAAAACAUCUAUAUUGAGUAUAUUCAUUGCCCCAUUGUGGAGACUGCUCUUCUUUCUUCAGGCUGGACUUCCAUUAAAGGAGUACUGUGCUACAGAAUUCACUACAGACAUCUGACUUCAGACAUUACUAUUUAACAUAUGCAAAGACUUUUAAAAUAAUGAUUCGAUCCACCCGAAAGAUUUACAAUUCUAGGAUAAAGCUGUUUUGAUAACAAUGGAUAAUGUUAAUUUGAAGGCUUGUUUUUAAUGCAUAAUGUAAAUGCUUCAAGUCAGACUGAGAGAUGGACAGCAUCCCCCCAAUAUAGCAAUAGUUCAGAGAAAAAUUGGGUGAUAAAGUUAUACUAUAUCACAAUAAAAUCUGCAUAUAUUA